AGGACAAACGCUGACAGGCUGAGACGCAGAGAGUGAGACCAGAGCGAGCGUGCAGCAGCACCUGAACGCAGCGGCUUCAUUAGCAUCGCGAGGAGCGACGUUAACCGGCAGCCACAGCGGGACUCCUGUGCAGAUAAAAGUGCUGUUAUCUAAAGCUUUUUGGAGGAGCACAGAGAAGGAGGAGAAACAAGGAUGGAGCUUAAAGAGGAGUAUCAGUGCCACCUGACUUGUACUGGGAGUCAGCCUCAGCACCUGCAACAGCAGCGGUCUGAGCUCUCCGGCUUAUAAGGAGACAGGAGCAAGAGGGGGAGAGGGCUGCUGAGAUUAUGCGCGGGGCAGCGAGCUCCUGUGGAUUCCCCAUCUUCAGCAGCAGCAGCAGCAGGAGGAGCUGUGGCUCUAUAGAUAGCAGCAGCGCUAACUGGAGCUGCAGCAAAACAAGGAGCGCUCACUCCAACGCUUAUUAUUUACCCAGACAUGAGAGUAGCAUUUCCAGCCCAGGUGUAACGGCAACCGGCUGCGGAUGUUGCCACGGUGUUGAAAGUACCUGUAGCCGGAGUAGCGCUGGUGGGAAGGUGACCACGGCAGUGCAGUCAGGUGGAGUUGUAGCAGCAGCAGCAGCAGCAGCAGCAGGGGGGGGCAGUGGCUCAGGACACUGAAUGACCAGUGUGGCUGAUGAAGGCCACCUGGAUCCGCUUGCUGAAACGAGCCAAGGGAGGUCGCGUCAAGAGCUCUGAUGCCUGUGGUUCGGCCGACUCCUACACCAGCCGUCCAUCAGACUCCGAUGUGUCCCUCGAGGAGGAUAAGGAGGCAGUGCGCAGAGAGGCAGAGCGACAGGCUCAGGCACAACUCGACAAGGCAAAGACCAAACCAGUUGCAUUUGCUGUUCGCACAAAUGUCAAUUACAGCCCGAAUCAUGACGAUGACGUUCCCGUGCCAGGCAUGGCCAUCUCCUUUGAGGCUAAAGACUUCCUCCAUGUCAAAGAGAAAUUCAACAACGACUGGUGGAUAGGACGCCUGGUGAAGGAAGGCUGUGAAAUCGGUUUCAUUCCUAGUCCAGUGAAGAUAGAAAACACUCGCAUCCUCCAGGAGCAGAGAGUCAAACAGGGCAAAUUCCACUCCAGUAAAUUGGGAGCAAACUCGUCUUCUAGUUUAGGUGAAGUGGUUCCUAACUCUCGGAAAUCUACUCCUCCGUCCUCUGCCAUUGACAUAGACGCCACUGACUUAGACCCUGAGGACAAUGAGCUUCCAGUCAACCUACGCUCCCCUAAAGCCAGUCCAAACACUGUCAUGUCACCCCUAGCAAAAGAAAAACGAAUGCCUUUCUUUAAGAAGACGGAACACAUUCCUCCGUACGACGUUGUGCCUUCCAUGCGGCCCGUGGUUCUCGUUGGACCAUCACUGAAGGGCUACGAGGUCACAGACAUGAUGCAAAAAGCACUGUUCGACUUUCUGAAACACAGAUUCGAGGGAAGAAUAUCCAUCACUCGUGUCACGGCGGACAUUUCUCUUGCCAAACGCUCGGUCUUGAACAAUCCCAGCAAGCACGCCAUCAUCGAGCGCUCAAACACACGCUCCAACUUGGCUGAAGUCCAGAGUGAGAUCGAGCGGAUUUUUGAACUGGCUCGGACGUUGCAGCUGGUCGUUCUGGACGCGGACACCAUCAACCACCCGUCACAGCUGGGGAAGACGUCCCUCGCCCCCAUCAUCGUCUACGUCAAGAUCACCUCCCCAAAGGUGCUGCAGAGGCUCAUCAAGUCCAGAGGCAAGUCUCAGGCCAAACACCUCAACGUCCAGAUGGUGGCCGCAGACAAACUGGCUCAGUGCCCUCCUGAGAUGUUCGACAUCAUCCUGGAUGAGAACCAGCUGGAGGACGCAUGUGAGCACAUGGCGGAUUACCUGGAGGCCUACUGGAAAAGCACUCACCCCUCCAGCAGCAGCAACAGCCCCCCGAACCUCGUGCUAACCAAGCUGCCCACAGCCGCUCUGCCCUCCAGUGCAGCCCCGGCAUCAGGCGUGCAGGGCGGCAGUAUUGAGCAGAGAGGAGACAGAGCAAUAGAGGAGAGGAAGGGGUCCAGAGAGGACCACCAGCACCACCAUCACCACCACCACCACCAGAGCCAGGACCAGGCUGACGCCGACGCCGAGGGUGACGGGGAGGAAAACGAGGAGGAGAGGCCUCUGAGGACAGACACCUCCAGGAGAGCCCCGCACAUCCACCACCGUUCGUCUUCCACUAGGACUGAACACAACCACCACCACCACCACCACCACCACAGCAGUCGAGCGCGGGGUCUCUCCCGACAGGAGACUUUGGACUCUGAGACCCCUGAGAGCAGAGAGAGCCGAGAAAGCCGAGAGAGCAAGGACUCUGCCUAUAACGAGCCACGCACUCAGCUCCUCCACCAGGAAGAGGAGGAGGAAGAGGAGGAAGAGGAGGAAGAGGAGGAUGAGGAUCUAGGGGAGGGGCACCCCCAGCAGCAACAGCGCUACGAGCCACUGCCCCACCGGGACCACAACCACCAUCACCACCACCACCAUCACCGCGGUGGCGCGGAAGAGGCUGGCCACAGCACGGGACACCACCGCUCCAAGGAGCGCGAGCAGGACCAUAACGAACGGAACAAGCAGCGCUCCCAUCACCACCGGCCGACACGCGACCACCACCAUCACUACUAUGACCGGGACAGAGACAGGGACCGAGAGGGGGAGGUUGCGCCCAAAAAGAGGGGCGACACAGGGGAGUGGGCCAGAGACUCCUACAUACAUCAGUGACAGACCAAACUCCUCCUGAAUCUCAUUUUGGACUCUCCUCCUCUUAAAGAGCGUUCUGUUCUCCCAUCGUGCUGCUACACCCUGGAACCACGGCAUCCUAUUUAUGUACACCUCCUUUGUAAAUGCUGUUGCAUCUUUUUCAAUGGCAAGAUUUUGAUUACAUAGAUACAAAUAUAAAUAUAUGUAUGUGUGUAUCUAUGCAUAGACGUUGUUUAUGUGUGGAUAUGCAUGAAUAUUCUUAAAUAUGCAUAUUUUAAACCUGUGUUUGAUAAAGCAUGACAAAGAAGCAGAUUUUUUUCUGUACUGAGCUGUGCUUUCUGUGAUUAGCAUUUUUAUUAUUAUUAUUAUUAUUAUUAUUAUUUGCUUGCAACCACUUGAAUAAUUUGUUCCUUCAGACUACUGCUGGGGUUGACUGCAUUACUAACCAAGUUGGUUCGAUGCCGUAUAUGCAGGUCUAUUUUCUAAACGUGUAGUUGGCUAUUAGGGAAAUGUGCACAAUCCCUUCCUCGCUGAGAAUGACACCAAGUUGCCAGUUUAUAAAUUCACCAAGCUGAUCUUUCACUACAAAGGGUAUGAAUGUAACCAGGGUUAGCGCUGUUGCCUCACAGCGAGGAGGUUCCUGGUUCGAAUCCCCGUCGCUGCUAAUGCCAGGACAUGACUCCUUGACAUCGUUUUCAUGUUUUCUUAGUGAUGUUUCCUUGAAUUACUGUGAAUAUUAAACACACAUGACAGAAGUUAGUUUUCGUAACCUAGCGACAAAGAGCGCUGGUGAGAAGCGCUCUGAAAUGGAGGUCGUUAGCAAAAAGCGUCGUCUUUCGACACAGGUUCUUAAUUACUCACAGCUCAGUCACUAAUAUGACAGCAUUCAACCAAUACUUAGCUAACAUCACUGAUGGCUAAUAGCGCUGUCGUUAGCAUUCAAUCAAUUCUAAGUUUAUAUAAUGGUUAAGCAGCAAGUUAACGGUUAGCUGCUUCCCGCUACAGUUGGCAGGCUUACGCUACUGUAAGCUAGGAAUUUAUGUCUUGUGACGUUAUCAAUCAGUAUCAAUAACUUUAGCACCCCCGCUACCGCUACAAUGUAGUGGAGUGCUAACUGCUAACGAAAAGCCAUUAGCUGAUUGAGGACAUUGAAACAUAAAAAAACAGUUUUAGCUUUUAGCAUUAUCUUCAUUAAUGUAGGAUUAACAUCACUGAAUUCUUUUACUGAGACUGCUUCAGUUUGGUGAACUUUAUAAACUGGCAUCAAAGUCGAGACGAGGAGAUCAUUCCACUCAUGUUUUUAAGGUUGAUAUAUAAGCUACAGCUAGCAGCAGGUUAGCUAACGGUAGUUUAAACGGGAAACGGCUUGUGUGACUCGACUGUCAAACAAAUCCACUUACCAGCAAAUCUUAAGCUCGCCAAUUAGCCGAACACUUUCUAAGUACGGUAAGUCGUUACAUAAACUCUAAAUUGACUUUUUGUUUGACAGAAAUGUUGAAGUUUAGCUCUCUAAAUCUAACCGCUUGCUUACGCUUAAAUCACAUGCUGUGGUAUCAAUUUUGUCAAAUCAACAAAGCUAGUAAGCGUUUUCUCCAAAGUUUCAGACCAACUGAUCUAACUAAAUUCAUAAUUUUAUUUUAUUAUUUUUUUUAUUCUGUGUCCAUGGUCGCCGUUUGGUUUCAUCAUAUUUGAGCUUCCUUUGAGAUGCACCUUAGUCUCUAUAAGACACUUAACUUCCAAAAUGACUCCCUCUCUUACAAGCAGAACUGUCGUCUUUUUAAUGGCCCAGAAACAUUUUAUAACAUUGAUACUCACUUUAUUCUGAACUUAGUGAUCCACAUGGGUUUCAAAUGAAAGCUAUUUGAUACAACAUUGAAACUUAUUGUAGCUCUUUCCAAAAAAAAAAAAAACUUCAUCCAGGUUUUGUCUUUUAUUGAGUCUGACCACUUUUCUAAUGAUUGUUGUUAAUUCACACUUUUCUUCCAGCUUAUACUUCAAAGAAUGUUUACUUCAGGAGACCUCUGGUACGUUCCUCAAAACCAACUUUAAAACAUCCAAAUGAUCACCUGACCAUAGCCGCGUUUCCACCACAGGGACUUUAGAGCGAGCUCUAUACAUUAACGCUCCAGGGUCGAACUUCAAUUACUGGGAACUUAAUUUAAACUCCCCGAAUUGUUUUGAAAAGAACAGGAACGUGCGGGAACAUUUUUGAUUGAAUCUGAACCUGCAGCAUUUGUUUUCAGCUACCAUUAAAAAAAAAUAAUCGGCUGCCAAGAACAAGAUUUUGCUUUAACAUUGAAAUGUGGAUGCAGAGGAAAGAAAGUUGAAGAGAUAGUUGGGAUUUUUGUGAACAUGUCAUCAUGGUUGUUGUAUAGUUGCACAUGUUUAAAAAGCACUAUCCUAUUUAGUUUAUGGAGGUCUUGUGUCCACAUAGCGUUUAUUUUCUGAGCGCCAGUGUCUUUUAAAAAAAAAAAUUCAAACAGGGUAGCACGUUUGCAGCAGCAGGCGGCGCUCUGUCUGUUUUGUGUGGCCGCUCCGAACGCUUCGAGUUGAAAAUCUUUCAGCGAACGUCAUCGGUGCUCUUUUUAAAAUAAAUGAUAUUCCCCGUAUUUCUGCCUCCUACGGAUCGGGUCUUGUACCCGCAUCCUCUUUGCUCCGUGUCUGAUCGGGUAAAAAAAAACACAUCAAAAUAAAACAACCAGAGAGUAUAAAGAAACGGAGCAGUGUCAGUCAUGCAGCGGCUGUUUUCGACAUACUGUUGUCAUAGAGACAGGACGGAUGUGCAGCGCUUUUAUCUCAGCAGUCAUGCAAGUGCUCCUGAGAGCACAGCCAGCACUUUACUGCCUGGAAAAAAAACACUACGUGGACACAGUGCCUUAGCCUGCUAAGACUGCAGUGAGAAAGCGACCAAUCAGCUUGAAGUAUGUUCUUGGUCCUUGAAAAGAAGUUCCUGGGGCUAAAGGUUCUGGGUACUUUGGGUGGAAAUGCGACUAAAGUUGGUUAUGUGUUCUGUCCCGUGCCAUUUCCUCAUUCACUUGAGUAGGCUUCAUUUCACACAAGUGUUGGAUCAUGUAAGAGCAUUCAACACCUGCUCAAUGGGAUCAAUAAUGUUGUAUUUAUGAUAUUUAAAUCUGAACUGAGCCCCUCUGUUUACAAAAACCACAAACCCUGUCCUUUCCAAUUGUUUGUUUGGUUUUUUUUUGCCUGACAAUUGUAAUUGUAAGAACUUCUCAAUUUCUAUGCUACAUUGGUAGCAUAACAGAUUUUUUAUCAGUGUACAUGUGUACGUGCAUAAUGCAUAAAUAUGAAGAAUAAAGUUGGCGGCAACAAA